AUGUUGAAGUUGAGAAGAAUUCCCGCCUUGACCCCUGCCAUUCCUCAAUUUGCCUUCUUCCAGCGCAAUGAGGUGUCUCCAGCCGCCACCCCACACGAAAUUCCUCGACCGUCGUUAGGACUUGCUAGCGACCCGAGUUAUGACGUUGAACCAGUUCCUAGCGCAGGAAGACCAACUCGCGCACGCGACUCGGCCCUUCCGUGGAUUCCAGUGCUUCUAAAGCAAGGGGAAACCACCCAGCAAUACGAAAACGCGUUCAAGGACUGGCUGCGAAGAAGAGAUGCGGAGCUUGACUCGUUGCACUCGAGGCCGGAGGUGGAGCGUCGAUUCCGUCUGGACUUUGCAGACUCGAGGGCGUGGGAGCUGCGACGCAAGAGUGUAAGUACUGCUACGAGAAGUCACAGAGCUCGUAGUCGGGAGGAGCUGCUGGAGAUGGAGGAGAUGUCUCCGGACGCAUUCUUGCGGUCGGUGGAGCGCUUCGGGCCCAAUGGGCCGCUCCGAGCCGGGAAGAAGCUCAAGCCAAUCGCUGUGGUGCUGAGACCGAACGAACCGAGGCGAUAUUUCGAGCAGAACUUCGAGCGGUGGCUUGAAUCCAAGGAAGUCACUCUAGCCGAGCUGCAGGACGACCCCGAGGAGGAGCGCUGUUAUCGUCAAGCCUUUGCAUAUACAAGGGCCAGGGAGCACGUCGCGAGGGUGCAGUGUGGAUAUUUCUCCCCGACAUCGAACAAGCAGCUGCGUCCACGCUUCCGCUCGCGCAGCCGAGGCAGAAGCACGAGCAGGAGCCGUGAUAAAAGGAAUUUCAGGGAGAGCGGAAGCAGGACGAGGGGCACUUCAAGGGAGUCUCGUCGAAGGAAGUCAAGAGAUUCCGAUCGCUGUGACAGCAAUUGGUCGCGGAAGCACUCUAGUCGCAGUUCUGAGAAGCGAGUUCGUGACUUGGGUGGUGGAACACCACCAGCACAAGAUGCGGUUUCCUUGCUAUCACCCACGGCUUCUUCGCUCAACCCGGCAUCUGAAGCAGGGGUCGAGUUUUCUGCCGGCAAAGCCACGGGUGGCCUCAGCACCUCAGACAAUGCUUCUUCUACAGACCAAAGCCCAGAUCUCCCUACUUCUUUCGUGGACGAAGGUCAAACAUCAGUGGAAACGAACAAAGCUAGCGAAACUCUAGCAACCGUUCGCCAACUUGCACCGGUUGAAGCUCUCAAUCGACCGGCAAACCCGGAAAUCAACAUUUUCUCCGCUGCGAUGAACCAACAGCAACUUCGACAGGAAAUUCUCAUCACGACGCAGAUUCUGGCGAGGGCCAAGCGCGUCACCGUGGACUCGACUAAGCAGCGCCUCGUCGAGGAGUACACGCGCGUAGUGGAGUGUAUCUUGGCGUAUGCGAAAGAGAUGGCGGCCUACGACGAAGCAGAAGCAACGCGGUGCAGGCAAGAAAUGGAGAUGAAGAUGUCGGUUGAGAUCGAGAGACAGCGACGCGACUCUGCGCUGGCUGCAGUGCUCGUCCACGAAUGGAGAGACCACAAGGAGCAAUUGGAUCAAAUGCUGGCUCGAAGCGAUUGCCCAAACUCUCUCGUGGUAUCGCACGCUGAGUUGGCCGCAGUGUACAACCGCAUGAUGCAUAACGACCUGACUGUGGCAAGAUUGCAGGGAAAGCUGAGAGGCUUGCUGGUGGCGGGAAAUCUGCACCAAAAUGAGCGGCUUCGGGGGCUGAAGGCGUUGUCCAGUGAUCUCAACGCCGCUUUAUUGGAGAAGCCACUGCUCGAUGCCGCGCACGACAAGUUGUGUGCCAGUAUGCUGCAGUCGAGCGCGACGCUGGUCUUGAAGCUGCAGAAGUUGCAGCUUUCGGCGAGUAUUUCAUGA